CGCUCCUGGCGCAGCGCGGAAGUUCCGCUGGCGCUGCCAGGCCGGGCUGUGGGCGGGCGCGAUGGCGGCCGCUGUGGGCCUCUCCUCCCCGCCGGCCUCCCCCGCUGUCAGCGAGCUUUGCCAGAACGGGCGGGAGAUCUUCCUGGAGGCUUCGCGGCUGCUCCUUACCUACGCGGACAACAUCCUGCGGAAUCCUUAUGAAGAAAAAUAUAGAUUAAUUCGGAUUGGAAAUCCAGCAUUUUCCACAAGGCUGUUGCCUGUCAGAGGAGCAGUUGAAUGUUUAUUUGAGAUGGGAUUUCAAGAGGGAGAAACUCACCUGGUUUUCCCUAAGGAAGCUUCGAUUGAGCAGCUACGUAAAAUCAGAGACUUAAUUGCUGGAGAGAGGAGUAGCAGACUGAAUGAGUCCAAUCAAAUCCACAGAUCAGGAUCCUCUGAAACUGUGGCCAGCACUCAGACAGUUGCACACCAGCCUUCAAGACCUGCUGACUCUGUUCUUGCCCCUGCCCGUCAGCGACCAGAAGCAUCACUUGUGCAAUCUCUUGAAAUGGCUGCAAAUAUCUUGAAAACACUUCAAACAAAUUUUGAGCAUCUUGUAUUGAUGUAUGAGAAUCCUUCAAUUCAGCAGAAAGCACUAGCUUUGAUUCCCCUCCAGCAAUUGAAAGGAAAGGCUCAGAAAAAGCUAGCACAAGCUACAAGACUGGACAAAGGUGCACACGUGAAUGAAGAGGACUUCUUGUUGUUGGAGCUCUUGGACUGGUUUAAGAGUGACUUUUUUCAUUGGGUAAAUAGUCUUCCUUGCAGCAGGUGUGGUGGGCAGACAGAGUCUAAAAGUGAGUACCUGUUGCCUACUGAUGAUGAGCUAAGGUGGAAUGCCAGGCGAGUGGAAAAUCAUUACUGCAAACAGUGUCAGUUCUCUAAUAGAUUCCCAAGGUAUAAUAACCCUGAAAAACUUCUGGAAACCAGAUGUGGACGCUGUGGCGAGUGGGCUAACUGUUUUACACUGUGCUGCAGAGCUGUAGGGUUUGAAGCUAGAUACGUCUGGGACUAUACAGAUCAUGUGUGGACUGAAGUAUAUUCGGCAUCUCAGAAAAGGUGGCUUCACUGUGAUCCCUGUGAAAAUGUCUGUGAUAAACCUCUUCUCUAUGAAACUGGGUGGGGAAAGAAGCUGUCCUACAUAAUUGCAUUCUCCAAAGAUGAGGUUGUGGAUGUCACCUGGAGAUACAGCUGUAAACAUGAAGAAGUACUCUCUAGAAGGACAGCCCUCAGUGAAGCUACAUUACGUGAAACAAUUAACGCGCUAAAUAGAACGAGACAACGAUCUUUGUCAGAAAAUAGAAGAAGAGAGCUCUUGGAAAGAACGAUUGUGGAGCUUGUUGAAUUUAUUUCUCCUAAAAAACCUAAACCUGGAGAAUAUGGUGGAAGGACAUCAGGUUCAAUGGCUUGGCGAGUAGCCAGGGGUGAAAUUGGUCCAGAGAAAAGGAAAGAAGUGAUUUUUAUUCCCUCUGAAAAAGAGAAGACAUCUAAACUCUUCCACCUUGUCUACAAUAUAGUAGAAGAUAGUUAUACACGGAUUUCCAAUAAUAAUGAAAAAAUAACUGGCUGGGAAACAGGUGUUUGGAAGGCAGAGUCUAUUUGGAGAAAGGUUGAAACAGAUUGGAAAAUGGUUUAUUUAGCCCGAAAAGAGGGGUCAUCCUCUGCUUCCAUCAGCUGGAAGUUUGAGUGCAAAUCAGUUGGUCUAAAAAUAGAUAACAUUUCAGUUAGGACAAGCAGUCAGACCUUUCAGAGUGGAAGAAUAAAGUGGCGACUUUGCUCUCCAGCAGCAGAAAUUGCUCUGAUAGGGGAUAAAAAUCUUUGCUCCUAUUCAGAUUUUUCUGGUGCAACAGAAGUAACGUUGGAAGCAAUUCUAAAUGGAGGGGAUGGCGAUGCUGCAUGGCAGCACACACAGCUGUUCAGAGAGAGCUUAGCAGGAUGUGGAGAGAAUUGCUUGGAGAUAAUUAUAAAACUCAGUGACCUCUGAGAGCCUGAACUGAAGAGAUAUUCUUUGGAUUCCUUGAAGAGGUUAUACCAUGGAUGCAACAGGAAGAUUUGGUUGGCAGUUCCCGUCCGUCCUGUUGGCAGCUUAUUUCCCGUUUCACUGCUUCCAUUUAACCAACUUGAAACUGCAGGUGUACUGAAUAGGUAAACAUCACAAUGAAAACCUCUUCACUUUAAAAACAAACACCAAAAUUAAAAGAUUGAAUCAUUAAAUAUCAUUUCCUUAAAACUUAUGAUGAAAAGAAAACCAUUUUUAGGAAGCAAAACAUGAUCGUAACAGCACAAAGCAAUUGUAAUUAAUUUUAAUUUGGAGUUUUAGGGUUGGCUUGCUGUUUUUUUUGGUUUGUUUGUUUUUCUUUUUAUAAUCUGGUUCUUGGAAAACCAGCUUGAAAUCCAUUUUCUGAUUAAAACAGAUGCUUGUGAUGUUAUAAAAUAUUUUAAAGAAUGCUUCUAGUAUUUUAAAAUAAUUUUAAUUCUUUUAAUACUCGAAUUUUAAUUUUAAAUUUUAAAUUAAUUUGAUUUAGAAUUUAAUUUUAAUACUAGAAUACUUCUAGUAUUUUAAAAGAAUUAAAUGUAUUUUAAAAGAAAAACACAAACUUGUGUAGUAACCAGAAGAGCUGAAAUUAAGAUAAAUUUUGAAGCAAUCUUGAAAUGGUCUUGUAACUUAUCUAGAGUAUUAAAUUUGAAUUUAAGACCUAGAAACGUUUGGAAAUAUGAUGGUGUGCUAGGAAAUUAAACUAAUUUUGAAAGAAGUGUUCAUUAUGUACCUAAAGUUGUCGUGGCCUGUGAUAUAAAACUAAGACUUAAAACUGAGUAAGAACAUCACAUUUUUUUCUAUGAAAAAAAAAUGCUAUUCAUUAUAAAUGCUUUUUAAUAAUAUAAAAUCAGAUCUGCCCACUUCUUAAAAGAUUAAGCGUCUAGGUUGCAAUCACUUUUUAAGCUAUUGUCUUGAGUUGCUUUCAAUACUAUUCCCAAAUUUAUGUAAAAGCAUAUACAAUUUUUCUGUUCAUUAAUGCAGUGUUUAAAUUUAUUUUCAUUGAAUAUAAUAAAAACUGCCACCCAGGAGAUGUCAGAUAUAGAAGUGCUGUGAAUAAAGUAUGGAGUGAAUGUUCAGAUUAGAUAGUCUUUAUCAGAGAACUGGAGGAAGGCUAUGGCUGGACUGUACAAGAAAUUUUCUAUUAUAGGACUAUAACGCAAAGUACAGAAUAUAGUUUCAUUUUAAAAUAAGUGAAAAUUAGGGAAGAUGCUCUCAAGGUGAGUGUUUUUUCAAGCUUUAUGUUCUUUUUCCUGAACCUUCCAACUGUUGUAUUGAUUUGAAAUGAUUGUCAAAAUAAUUUACAUUGAAAUAAAUGUUUGCUGACCUUUCUCAACAAAUCUAAACAAA